CACCGCGUCCACGUGUGUCGAGGCAGGAUUCCGGAGUCCGCCGGCUGCUCUAAGGGAAGGACGGCUGCUUCAUGUCGUGGCUCUUCGGACUCAGCCGCGGAGGCGGCAGCGGCGACCCUGGCGCUCCCUCGGUUCCGCCUCCGCUGCCGCCUCCUCCUCCGGGAGCCUCGGGGGACGGAGGCGGCGACGGCGGCGGAAGCCGCGCCAAGGACAAGUGGAGCAACUUCGACCCCACGGGGCUGGAGCGCGCCGCCAAGGCCGCCCGGGAGCUGGACGCCUCGCGACAUGCAAAAGAUGCCCUCAACCUGGCACAGUUGCAGGAACAGACACUACAGCUGGAGCAGCAGUCCAAACUGAAGGAAUAUGAGGCUGCCAUAGAGCAACUGAAGAACGAACAGGUCCGGAUACAAGGAGAAGAGAGAAGGAAAACGCUAAGUGAAGAGACAAGACAACAGCAAGCAAGGGCACAAUACCAGGACAAGUUGGCCAGGCAGCGAUAUGAAGACCAACUGAGACAGCAGCAACUCCUUAAUGAAGAGAAUCUGAGAAAGCAAGAGGAAUCUGUUCAGAAGCAGGAGGCAAUGAGACGAGCUACUGUUGAGCGGGAGAUGGAGCUUCGGCAUAAGAACGAGAUGCUGCGGAUUGAGGCCGAAGCCCAGGCGAGGGCGAGGGCAGAGAGGGAGAACGCAGACCUCAUCCGGGAACAAAUACGGCUAAAGGCAGCUGAGCACCGCCAGACUGUGCUGGAUUCCCUCAAGACAGCUGGAACGCUGUUUGGUGAAGGAUUUCGUGCCUUUGUCACAGACUGGGACAAAGUGACAGCCACGGUGGCAGGGUUGACUCUCCUGGCUGUCGGCAUUUACAGUGCCAAGAAUGCUACUGCGGUCGCUGGCCGGUACAUUGAGGCUCGGCUGGGCAAGCCUUCCUUGGUGAGGGAGACUUCCCGCAUCACUCUGCUGGAGGCUCUCAAGCACCCAAUUAAGGUUGGCAAGCGGCUCACCAGCAAAGCCCAGGAUGCUCUUGAAGGCGUUGUUCUCAGUCCAAAGCUGGAGGAGCGUGUGAGAGACAUUGCCAUUGCGACGCGGAACACAAGGAACAAUAGAAGCCUUUAUAGGAAUAUCCUCAUGUAUGGCCCCCCAGGAACUGGGAAGACACUUUUUGCCAAGAAAUUAGCCAUGCAUUCCGGCAUGGAUUAUGCCAUCAUGACAGGUGGUGAUGUUGCCCCCAUGGGGCGGGAAGGAGUCACGGCAAUGCAUAAGGUCUUUGACUGGGCAAACACAAGUAGGAGAGGCCUCUUGCUGUUUGUGGAUGAAGCUGAUGCAUUCCUGCGGAAGAGGUCGACGGAAAAGAUCAGUGAAGACCUGCGAGCAACGCUUAACGCUUUCUUGCACAGAACUGGACAGCACAGCAACAAAUUCAUGCUUGUCUUAGCCAGCAACCAGCCGGAGCAAUUUGACUGGGCCAUCAAUGACCGGAUAGAUGAAAUGGUUCACUUUGAAUUGCCAAGAUUAGAAGAGAGGGAGAGGCUAGUCCGGAUGUAUUUCGACAAGCACGUCCUAAAGCCAGCCACUGAGGGCAAGCAGCGCCUGAAGCUUGGCCAGUUUGACUACGGGAAAAAGUGCUCAGAGAUUGCAAAGUUGACCGAAGGCAUGUCUGGCCGGGAGAUCUCACAACUCGCUGUAGCCUGGCAGGCCACAGCAUAUGCUUCGGAGGAUGGCAUGCUCACUGAGGCCAUGAUAGACGCUCGCGUGGCUGAUGCGGUCCAGCAACACAAACAGAAAAUGGAGUGGCUAAAGGCCGAGCGCAUGGAGCUAGUAAAGAGCCAGCCCUUGCCACUCACGCUGGGGAAGUCUGUAUGAUGAGCCUUUUCCUGCAAAUCAAAAGAGCAAGAGAAUAAGAGAAAACACGACAGGCCAUUGCAUACGAAGCAAAGGGCGAUGGGGAAGUAGUCUCUUCCCUUGGAGACUAGAGAAUCAUGUCAAGAAUGUUUUGCUGGUGAAGAGAGACAUGUCUUGAAAUCUGCUUUCUGGAUUUUUUAUACUUCAGGGUAAAACCUGGAAUAAAUUGUGUAUUUGGGACACUGUAUUCAUCCAUGUGGAAAGCAAUACAUUAAAAGAGUCCCAUUGACAAAUGGCAACCACCA